GGCCCUGCCUGCUUGGAAACACAUUAUUCCCCCCUGCGAGCCGUCCGGCGGAUCAUGUGCAUUCCCAUAGUCUCUUGAAAUCGUCGUUGUAGCAAGUCUAUGUGAUUCUCAGUUGUGCUCAUGAGCCUGCUAGGUGGCUACAAGAAAAAGAGCAGUUACGAUGGCUACGAAUCUUUGCAGCUGGUCGAUAGCAGCGGAGACUUCAGUACCGGGGGACGAAGCGGCGGCGGAGGUGGAGGCGGUUUGACGGCGGUGACCCUCGGCAGCGUCAAGACAGGCCCCGCGCGACAGGACGACUACAGCACCAUGGACAGCUCAGGCCCUCCGUCUCCAGAUAUGGACGGGAACUAUGGAGGGGGGCUUCUGGAUAUGGUGAAAGGAGGUGCUGGAAAGUUCUUCAGUAACAUCAAGGACAACCUCAAAGACACCAUCAAAGACACCUCCACCAAGGUUAUGAACCAAGUGGCCACGUAUACAAAAGGGGAGUUGGACAUUGCCUACAUCACCUCACGUAUUAUCGUGAUGUCAUAUCCUGCUGAGGCGGUGGAGAUGGGCUACAGGAACCACACAGAGGAUAUCCGCUCUUUUCUGGACUCACGGCAUGCCGACCACUACACUGUUUUCAACCUGUCACAGAGGAACUAUCGAGGGGCCAAGUUCUCCAACAGAGUUUCUGAAUGCAAUUGGCCAUCCAGACAGGCUCCAAGUCUUCACAACCUAUUUGCCGUGUGUAAGAAUAUGUACAACUGGCUCAAGCAAAACCCCAAGAAUGUGUGUGUAAUCACCUGCUCGGAUGGCAGAGCUCCUUCAGGCGUGCUGGUCUGUGCCAUGUUCUGUUUCUGCCAUCUUUUCGCCAACCCGGUGCCAGCCAUGCAGCUUCUCAGCGCCAAGAGGCCUGGAUCUGGCCUGUGGCCCUCCCAUAGGAGGUACAUAGGUUAUGUAUGCAGUUUAGUCUCAGAGAAGCCCACCGUACCCCACUCCAAACCACUAGUUAUUAAAACUGUCACAAUCAGUCCUGUUCCCUGCUUCAACAAACAGCGCAGUGGCUGUCGGCCAUUUUGUGAUGUACUAAUUGGCGAGACCAAGAUAUUUUCUACAGCUCAGGAGUACGAGAGAAUGAGAGAACACAGGAUUCAGGAGGGAAAAGUAGUGUUUCCUGUAGGAGUGAGCGCACAAGGAGACGUGGUGAUUUCAGUCUACCACAUGCGCUCUCAUGCACUUCAGGCCAAGGUAACAAACACCCAGAUAUUCCAGAUUCAGUUCCACACUGGUUUCAUUGCCCCUGGCAGCACAGUCUUAAAGUUCAUGAAGACAGAGCUGGAUGCCUGUGAUUCUCCAGAGAAAUACCCACAGCUGUUUCAUGUGCUGAUAGACAUCGAGGUUGAAAGCACAGAGAAACAGAAAGAUCUCACUCCACCAUGGGAACAGUUUCCCACCAAAGACUUGAGCCCCAAUGUGCUCUUCUCCUGCCAUCAGGAACACCAGGACGCACUUGCUAUUGCAGAUCCCGCUCAGGGCCAUAGCAGUUGCGGAGGCAGAGUGGGGCCGAAUGAAGAGAGCGAACCAUCUGAUGAUGAGAUGCUGUCCCUUUCUAGCCAGCAGAGCAACGCGAGUAAUGAGAAAUCAAAAGCAGCUAAAAGGCCAGAGCCGCAGGCUGCAGCGCCGCCUCAUCCAGCAGCUGAGGAAGUGGAUCUUCUGGGUCUGGAUGGAGACGCUGCUAAAAUUCCUCCAUCCUCCCCUCAACCCCCGGCCAGCAACACCACAACAGACCUGCUGGGGGAUCUGUUUGGAGCUCCACCAACACCACAGCCAGCCAGCUGUCCAGGCUCUGCUCAGUCCACGCCGCGGAGAUCCGCACCGUCCUCCUCACCCGGGCCUUCACCCAGAUCUGGAAACACUUUCGACCCUUUCGGGUCUGGGCCCGCUCCUGCCCCUAAGCCACAGGACUUCAUGGGGGCGUUCCUGGGUCCAGGUAAUAUGGGGCAGCCAGACCCCUUCCUGCAUGCUGCACGAUCUCCGUCUCCUACAAUGCAGAACAUGGGCAUGGGUCGCAGCUCACCUGUUCCUCCCUCAACUCCCACUGUCAACAUCCAGCAGCAGAACUCAACAGGAGCCUGGGAAUGGAACAAACCAGCGCCUGCAGGUGGAGGUUUUGGGAUGGGCAGUAAAUCAGCCAGUACUAGUCCAACCAGCUCAGCCCAUGGAACACCCACCCACCAGACCAAACCUAACACUCUCGACCCUUUUGCUGAUCUGGGCAACCUGGGAACAGGCCUUGGGGGAGGUGGUUCAGGAUUCUCCAGCAAACCCACAACACCGACUGGAACUGGAGGAGCAUUUCCACCAAUGGGCUCCCCCCAGCGUCCCGCACCCUCUCCCCAGCACACCGCGUCUGGAGGCUGGCAUCCCAACACCGGCUUCCCCUCGUGGCAGGCUGGAGGGGGAGCUCAGUGGCAGCCGCAGGCUCAGGGGACUCCAACUAAAGCACCCGCAGCAUCCAUGCCGCACACUUCACCGCAGAACAGACCCAACUACAACGUCAGCUUCUCUGCAAUGAGUGGAGCAUCGCCUGGAGCCGCUGGGCCAAAAGCACAGCCUAAUAUGGGAACCAGACCAAAGGUUUCAGAUGCUAACUUUGAUGACCUGCUCUCAGGCCAGGGCUUUGCUGGCGGUAAAGAGAGGAAGGGACCAAAAACCAUAGCAGAAAUGAGAAAAGAGGAGAUGGCAAAAGAAAUGGACCCAGAGAAACUCAAGAUCUUGGACUGGAUUGAAGGGAAGGAGAGGAACAUUCGAGCUCUGCUGUCCACCAUGCACACAGUGCUUUGGGAAGGGGAGACGCGCUGGAAACCUGUAGGCAUGGCUGACCUCGUCACACCAGAACAGGUCAAGAAGGUCUACCGCAAAGCUGUGCUGGUAGUUCAUCCUGACAAGGCUACUGGACAGCCCUACGAACAAUAUGCCAAGAUGAUUUUUAUGGAACUAAAUGAUGCCUGGUCGGAAUUUGAGAGCCAAGGACUGAAAGCUCUGUACUAAGACUUGCUGUAAAUGAUCACAACCAGUCAGCAGUUCCUGCCCACUUUAGACACCCUGCAACCCAGCAGUCCUUGAAAUGCUCCUUUGUUAUCUCUCCCACCUCCAGGACCCCUUGCUUCAUAGAGACGUCAGAGCUUACAUCUACAGUAUAGUUGUGUGUAUCUCUCCAUCCAUCCAUGUAUCAGGUUGGAUCAUGCCCUAGGCCAACAUAUCUACUGUACCAGAAGACUGCUGUUGGGGAAAGUAGCAUUCAGGUUUGUCUUAAAGUCUUUAUUUGUGUUUUCCCAGGACUCGCCAGCAUAACAAAGUUCAGAAUUUGUCGUUACUCAUCUGUGAGUUUUUUUCUUUGAACAAUAUCAGUCAAGAAAGUCGUCAAACAAUGUCUGGUAGGAGCUUUCAGAUGAGUUUUUGAUUUAGUGCUGAGGAAACAUCUUCCAAGAAAAAAAAAUGUGUGUAGACACUCCAGGAUUCUGCAAAACAACCCAUAUAAUCUGGAUUCAAUCAUACAGCAUUUCAGUCAAUACCUGUUAUGGGUGUUAAUGAUUAAAGGGAUAGUUCCCCCAAAAAUGAAAAUGUGCUGUUUAGCUGAAACUGCGAUUCUUUGUGACCCGUAAAAUACAAAUCAAUGUAGACUAGCACUUUGAGAGGAAAAAUAAAACAGAUACAAACAAAACUAAAUUAAUCCACAUGGGUCUUGAUGAUAUAUUAAGGUCUUACGAACUAAAGUGGUCAUUUUUACCCUUUACAUUUUAAGAUUACACACUGCAAAUAAUGAAAAACUCUUACUUAGAGUUUUAGUUUCUAGUCCAAAUUUCUAAAAAGAAACAUUUUCUAGACAACAAAAAAAUAUUGUCUUGUUUUUAGAAAUAUUAAUCCAACUAGAAUCGAAUGGAAAAGUUUUUUCUAAAAACAAGCAAAAUAAUCUGCUAAUGGGGUAAGUAAAAUAGUCCUGUUUUCGCCUUAAAAUGCCUACUGUAUUGGCAGAUUAUUUAGCUUAUUUUAAGAAAAAACUCACUUCAUUUUGACAGUAUUUUUGAAAACAAGACUUGUUUUGCUUGUCUAGAAAAUGCUUAUUAACAAUUUCUAGAUAUUUGGACUAGAAAGAAGACAACACUGGAAGUAAGAAACAUUUUUGCAGUGCAGCAGUCUAUAGCAAAAAUUACUGACUCAUAAUGACGUACAGCCUGUGUCACUGUGGACUCAUAUGUGAGCUGAUUUUGUUAGUUUACAAUGGAGAGGGAAGACACCUAAUGUCCAUCAAAACUGAUUUUUCUUGGCUUAUCCUGAAUUAUGAUCACAUUCUCAGUCUACAUUUAAGUUCAAGGACAAAUUUCAGUUUCGCAAGUUUCGCGAAUUUGAAGGCCAAAUGGAACACCAUUUGUUGAGCCAAACGAACCACAUAAUGAAUUAAAGUAAAUGGUAUAUGCGAUAGUCACUUUGAGGAAGUAACAUUUAUGGUCAUGUGACCCAGGUUGAUGAGUCAUCACAGUUAAUUUUGAAGCUAGAUAUGGCAGGAGAGUUUGAGUUAAUGUAUAUAUAACAUAUUAAUCUAUAUAGUUUAGACCAGGGGUCACCAAACUUGUUCCUGGAGGACCGGUGUCCUGCAGAUUUUAGCUCCAACCCUAAUCAAACACACCUGAAUAAGCUAAUCAAGGUCUAACUAGGUAUUCUUGAAACAAUUAAGCAGGUGUGUUGAGGCAAGUUGGAGCUAAACCCUGCAGGGACACCGGCCCUCCAGGACCGUGAUUGGUGACCCCUGGUUUAGACCUUUU